AUGCAAACCUCAAAACAAAAGUUAGUAAGUGUUAGAAAAGGAACUGGGAGCUCAUCGUGGCCACAGAUUGCGAAAGUUACCAGUCAAAUUGAUCCUAUUGGAGCCAAAAUUCGUAAGCAAUAG